UUUGACAAAAGUCAAUUCGACGAGCAUUGAUUUGGUACCUAUUAAAAUUAGUAUAUGAAAUCUGUAGAUCUGCAAUAAAGUUUGAGUCUUCUCCCCCACAUCAAAUUCAUGGAAAUAGUAGCCAAGUUGCAGAAACAGUUUAUGGACUUCAUUUCAGCUUUGUACCGUGAGAGAUUCUUGGAUGAUCAGUUUCUUCAGCUUCAGAAAUUGCAAGAUGAGAGCAACCCAGACUUUGUUUGUGAAGUAGUUUCACUUUUCUUUGAAGAUUCAGAAAACCUUAUCAACAAUCUGACAGCAGCUCUUCAACAACAGGUUGUAGAUUUUAAGCAAGUUGAUUCCCAUGUCCACCAGUUCAAGGGUAGCAGUUCCAGCAUAGGUGCACAAAGAGUAAAGAAUGCUUGUAUGGCUUUUAAAACCUUCUGCGAAGAGAAGAACAUUGAAGGGUGUGUGCAAUGUCUGCAGCAGGUGAAACAUGAAUAUUUUCUUGUGAAGAACAAACUUGAAACCUUGAUGAUGCUGGAGAAGCAAAUCUUGGCGGCUGGUGGUAGGAUUCCUGACCUGUCAUAGCUAGGUGCUAAUGAUUUGAAGUCCACAUCCUGAGACAAAGGGAGUAGAGAGAAAAGUUGGCAGUACAGAUGAGAUUCAAGAUUGCUGGAUUGUAAUAGUUGUAGAUGCAAAGUAUUUCCAUGUGAAUAACAGACCUUUUAGGUGUUGAACUAUUUAUACAAUUCUAGUUGUUGAACUUUUUAACCCUUGAAUGAUUUACUGUGCUUUAGCCAUUAUUAUUAUUAAGUAGUAGAACUUUUCAGCUUGUUGUGUAGUCGUAUUAUAUUGUAAAUGCACAUGGAAGUUUGUUUGA